AUAUAUAUAAAUCUUUUUAUCUUAAUUGUGAAGAAUAUACUGCGUGAUUAUUAUACGGGCCAUCACGUACUCAAAUGUUGAGAUUAAGUAAACAUCUUCUUCCUUGAUACACUUGAGGCUGCAACAAGAAUAACUAUAAAGAUCAUUUUCUUAAGAGAGACGAUGGACCAUGGAUUAUUCUUACAAUGAAUGUCUAGUGACCAUGUUUUGAGCUGAAUAACAUUACUUACUGUGUUUUUGAUUAUCGCAUACAUCAAAAAGGUCAACGCAAUUCAGGAUCUGUUUGGGAUAGACAUCUGAAUUCAAUAAUCGCAGACAUUGAUUUUUAUUGAUAUCUACUCUCCUCUUUGGAGGUUUGACUGUAAGCUUGGAAUUUUUUUGGGAUUCGCUCACACUACCAUAAAGUAAACUUAUUUCUUAUAACUUCAUCGACCCUGAACACGGGACUUUGUCAACAUGAAUGAAACGGACUUUGUCAUCACGGAAGCACCGUACGAUUAUGAAAGUCCUCUCCAUUAUACGGAGCGGAUUUUUCUUGCUACGAUGUCGGCUUUAAUUGCCGUCGUCGGUCUCCUAGGGAACGGCCUCGUCAUCACCGGUGUGGCACUCUCAAGGAAGCUACGGACAGCCACCAAUGUUUAUGUCGUCAACCUUAGUGUUGCCGAUAUGUUCACGUGCAUUCUCAUGCCUUUCCAUGUCAUCGCCGUGUUGAGUACGGAGACGUAUCCGAUCGCCGAAUGGACGUGUUCGAUCGCAGCGGCAAGCAGCAUCAUAUCGUCUGGGUGUAGUAUAUUUACCUUGGCCGCCAUCGCUCUCAAUCGCCUUUUCCUCGUCACUCAACCCAGCCAUCGCUACCGUAGCUUCUAUCGAACCCGUAACCUGGUCUUCACGACUCUCCUUACGUGGAUCGUACCGACAGUCUUCACCGUCUUCCCGCCCCUGUUCUCUAUCGGUGAGAUUGGAUUCGAUGAGAAGUACACUAGAUGCGGUCCAAAGCACACCGACAACGCCAGCAUCUACGACAUGAUGCUUGCAACCAUCUUCUACCCCGGCCCCCUCGUCAUCAUCAUCGUAUGCUACUGCAAAAUAUUCGCCUACGUGAAACGUCACAUGAAGACGAUGUCGUCUUCGGAACCCUCAUCGUCGUCGUUUCCGCCAAAGACGCCAUCCGACGCCGUUGCGACGUCGCCGCCCAUGUCGCGUACAUCCGAGUCGGCGGAGAAGGGGGAGAAGUUUUUCCAGGACUUAAACAGGAGACAAACCAAGCAGCAUUUUAGCAGACGACAGCUUGAGAUCACAAGGAAUCUCUUCUAUGUCGUGAUCGCUUUCUUUCUUUGCUUGACUCCGUACAGUGUUUCGUUGAUGAUUCCAGGGAGUGACCACAUAGUGCCUUAUGCUGGAGCUAUCUAUCUCUUAGGGAGCUGCGUCAAUCCAUUCAUCUAUGCUACAAAACAUCCUCAUUUCAAAAAUGUUAUCCGAUGCAUCAUCCAAUGUCGCUUCACGGAUAUCGACCAACCAGCCCAGUUCCUCCGUAGGAUCAUCUCCAACAAGCAGAUGACACACAUUGUCAGCGGAAACAACCACUCCACCAAGAAAGAGCCACUGAAAUAACGGGCUCUGUGCAAGGACGUUUCCAGAAAAAGGAGACGUAUUGGCCAUUUGAUUUACCUAACUGCUUAAUGGUGUAAUCUUGUUUUACAUGGGAUAUGGUGGAGCUGAUAUGAUACCUAUGGCUUUAAUCCCAUCGAGUGGGACACUGGAGGAGCAGAUGCUGAGCUAUGCGAAGACAUCGAAGUUCGGACCUUUGAUCUCUGCAUCUCUAUCUUAUUCCGACAUAGACGGCAUGCCAGGCGGAACUUUACGUCAUUGUCAAGGAAUCAAAAAAUAAAAAAUAAAGUAAAGAUCAAUGCAUUCGAGGAAUUUUUUUAUGCGAUUUGUAUACCUUUAUAUGUGGGCAUUUGUAUAUAUCGAUAUGUUUCUUAUUACUUGAUAUCAAUGAAUUUGUUAAGCUAAAGUUGGCUAUUGUGUUGAAGAGCGUUUGAUACGAGAAUACACAUCUCUGCCAACACUGACCACUGGGCCAACAAGAAAGGAUGCGAUCAAGGAUGCGGUGAAUUCGGGGCAGUUCUAAGUCGAUGUACAUCCCGCAUCUUCACGGAUCAUCCCUGUGGUUUACUAACGGUUGGAGACAAGGUGAUCUUCAAAUUACACAAGGCAAAAGGAUUCCUUGAUCAAAUUAGCUCCGAUGGUGACGAUGACGGAGUUGCGGUCGCUUGUUGAAUCACAGACUAACUUCUUGAAGACGAAUAGGAAAAGACAGCAUAUCGCGAAGGAGCAGAUAGGCACGACCAGGAAUCUGCCUAAUCAUUGCAGCCUCGGCCUGUAAAAUGAUAACGUUUAGAGAGGUGAUUCUAAGGGCCAGGUGCAUUUUGGCCUGGAUACUAUACGUGAAAAGACUAUAUAAUGUCGAAGUUCAAUUGAGCGAAAUCAGGUUAAAAUAUCAGAAAACCAACACGAAGACAUUGUGCACACAGUACCCACAGUUGGAGAUUUGUGUUAACCAUACAAAAUGCCUCUUAUAUUGGUUCCAAUCGUUUAUUAUUUUAUGUGUACUUUUUAGCAUUGGUAUAAUGAGCAAAAUAAAUCAAUGUGGACUGACGGAGAAUUUAUUACAUUUGCUUUUUUUUACAUGAAAAUUUAACAUUUCCUAAUUGAUUAUAAUUAUUCUGUCAUGUAUUUGAAAAUUUGAAAUAAUUUGGCCUUUGAUAUUGAUAGAAACAAGUACCAGCUAGAAUAGUAGAAUAAAAGACGGCCUAUUAAAACAUAUACAUGUAUAUAUAUUUGGAAAUUUGAUGCAAGUUAAUCAUCUAGUCUAACGAACCCAUUUUAAUUGUCGAGAUACCAUUAUUGCCUUGGACUAAUAACGGGUAGAAAUCAACUGUUUGUGUAUUUGUAAAGGCUUUACUUUGCGAGCAUGGGCGACGACAAUCGGGAUGGGGGCGGGGUGCCCCCCCCCCUUCUCUGGAGGGACCAACAAUCUCACGAAUUCGCCGCGCAUGCUCACGAGCGUUGCACUUUAUCUGACUUCCAAAGUGAUAUAUGGUUCUGCAUGGAUUUAAGUGAUGUUAUUACGAUGUAACUUCUCAAAUAGUUCCGGUUGUCGAACUGACAUCACAUCUUGUUGUAUGACGUAAUUCAGAUAUUAAAGAUACCUUUCAAAUUAGGGAGGGUCAUUUUCAGUACCAUCAUGCACCUGCAUCGAUGGUCAUUUGGGUCACGUCUUAUACAAAGAGUUGCCAUUGAUCUGAUCAAACUGAACUAUUGAAAGCCAGCAAUGCCUACAUCUAAAAAUACAUGCUUGUUCAAAAAUAUUUCUAGAGAUGAUGUAUUUUCAUAAAUUCAUUGAUUUCUUGACAAUUUGGUUUGUUUGCCUUUGAUACAAAGGCCAUUUUGUAAAUUUCCUGUAUAAAAAAAUUAUGACACUGAUGGAUUUCCAUAGACUUACGAUUAAUUGGAUCAAUCAUAACUCUUUGUAAGACGGGGCCCAGGUCAUUACCAUCCCCUGCACUCGCAGAACCGAUUUACCGGCAGGGGGACUGUUUCAUAAAACCGUUCGUAAAGUUACGCCUGACUUUAAGAAUGAAUGGAAUAUCUCUACAACAUAAUGAUGAUGAUAUGAAAUUUGUAAAUAGAACUUGAUUUAUCAUAAUGAAAGCAAUUCAGGAAAUAUAAUGCCUAUCAAUUUACCCCUAACCAUUUCAAAAUGCAUUGUUGAUAUUCUUAUUUAAGAGUGAAAUCCAUUCUAUUUGUUAAAUGCCUCAAGUAUCGUGCCUUUGACAUAUUUCAAUGACAAUUAAGGUUGCAUAAUGCCCAGUCCGAUGAUAACGCGUUUGCUUGCAGUAUGUUUAAUUAUAUGAAAGAUUGACAAAAAUUAUAUAUAUGUGCAGGUAGUCAACGUUGGGU